AUGAACUCUCAAGUCAAAGCAGCCUGGAAAUGUGAUGAUUGCGUCGGUAGUGCUGAAUACGUGAAUGCGGGACUUGAAGCUAAACUGAGUCAAGUACUGGAGGAAAUAACUGCGCUUCGAGCUGUAUUCGAGCCAAAGAUUGAUGCAUUGAGUGCAGAUAUUGAACUAUUAAAGCAAUCCAAAUAUACGUUAGAAGAAACAUCCGUUAAACAUGAGGAUAAUCUCACUAAUUUGAAUAAAAUUUCCAGCUAUUUGAGCGAAAGGAAUAGCAAACUGGAAGAUGAAAUCAAUUUCCUUCAUCAACGCUCCAGAUUGGAUAAUAUUGAAAUCACCGGCAUUCCACUGACAGAUGAGGAAGAUAUCUACGAAGUUUUGGAGGCUGUAGCUCGAGUGAUAAAGGUUCCUCACCGACUAGAAGACAUCUCGAUUGCGCAUAGAGUUCCUAACGUCAAGGGCACAAGCAACAUUGUACUCAAAUUUGUGGCGAGAAAAUCCAAGAUAGCGUGGCUGGAUGCAGCUAAAAAGAAACAGGGUUUGAAGUCUACGGAAAUAAAGAGCACCCUCCCGGAUUCCCACGUUUUUAUUAACGAACAUUUGGCUCCUCACAAUAAAAAACUUUUGGGUUUGGCUAGAAAUCUCAAAAAGCAAGGUAAAUUGGCCUUCGUGUGGGUAGAAGAUUGUAAAGUACUCGUUAGAAAGGACCUUUCAUCUCAGGUUGAGCGUAUUACAGGAGUAAAUGACCAGUAA